AAUCUUAUGAAGUAUAUAUUUUAAUACAAAAAUAAAAAUAUUUAGGCAUCUGGCAAUAUUGUGAUAGUUUUCGAUGACUGAUGAAAUGUAAAUGUUUUUUUCUUUAUUUAUUUUUAAUCAGUGAAAAUAAUAUUUCUUACUGGCAAACCAAACUUCUUUAAAAAUUAUUAAUUAUAUUUUAAUUGCACAAUAAAAGCAAAAGUAAUUGAGCUUUAACAAGUGAGAUGAGUUUGCAAAUGGAGAGUCCAUUAACGGACAGCAAAAUGGAUAUUUCAGACGCUACAACUUCACAAGGCUCAGCAGGCGUAUCGCCACUGGGAGAAGAUGACGAUCCUGAUGCCUCACAAUCGCCCACUCACAGUAACCACAACAUACACCAAGUACUCAUAAAAGAUACAACUGUUGUAUCGAAUAGCACAAUGAAUGAAGUGAAUGUUGAAUUGGUAAAUGAAGUUACAUCGAAUCUGGAUAACAGAUUGGUCCGACCAGACGCGCUAUCGCUGGAGCUAAUACCACAGCGACAAAGUAUUGCACGCACUAUUACCGAAAGUCAUCCAUUAAUGUCGCCUACGUGUUCUGAGAAUGAACACAGCUCGGCGAAUUCGGUGACGAUAAAUAAUGAUAUGAAGCGCAACAAUUUUCCCGAUGUGGUGCCACAAUACGAACAUGUACAGUCGCCUCUACAGACUAGUACAAUAAUUGAACGAAACGCUUUAAAUAAUACACGUGGUAUUGCUAACGCACCUGCUGCAGCGCACAAUAAACUAGCUUAUUUACGUGCCCACAGUCCUGAUCUCUUGAGCAGCGAAUCCGAAGCAGACGUAUCACAAUAUCACGCUACAGUUGAGGCCAACUUUCAAACGGUGGCGCUCUUACCAACAGUGGGUAAUGAGCUGCAAAAAAAUACUCGUCGUAUUAGAAAGUCUAAUACAAAUGGUGGUAACGGUGGUGAUGAUAUCUCAUCACUGGAUUCAAUUUCAAAUCACAGUUUUGACGAUGAUGAGGACAUUGAACACAAUUUGGCUUCACUUAGCCCAUCGAGUUCAUUAAUUGACGGUUUAGAUGAUGAUAGUGACGAUGGCGGCGUCGCUGGUUGUAUAGAUGAUGAGGACGAUUACCCUGAAGCAGUUACCCCUACACCACAUUUACAAUCGAUGACGUUAACGAGCAACAUAGAAGGUGCAUCCGAUCAAUUGCCGCAAUAUUCUGCAGCUGAAGAGAGACGUGACUCAAGAAAUUGGCAAAAGAUCACAUUACCCGAUGGUCGUACCAGAGAAAUAGAUAUGCGCGUGAUCGAGCCAUAUAAACGUGUGCUUUCACAUGGUGGUUACCUGCAGGCUGGCGGACAUAAUGCUAUCGUAAUUUUUUGUGCCUGCCAUCUGCCGGAUCGUUCGCGUGCUGAUUAUAACUACGUAAUGGAUAAUCUAUUUCUGUACGUGGUUAAAACAUUGGAACAAUUAGUGACAGAGGACUAUGUGCUUAUUUAUUUGCAUGGUGGCACUAGUCGACGCAAUGUGCCGCCAUUUCCAUGGUUAAAAAAAUGCUAUCAGCUACUAGAUCGCCGUUUAAGAAAAAGUCUGAAAAACAUGUAUUUAGUACAUCCAACAUUUUGGAUCAAAUCUAUAGUAUGGAUGACUCGUCCCUUUGUUAGCGCAAAAUUCUGGCGUAAAUUGGUUUAUGUGAAAUCGUUGGAUGAACUCGCCAAGCACGUGAUUGUGGAGAAAGCUGCCAUACCGGAGAAGGUCAAACAGUAUGAUGCGCGACAUAACUAAAUAAAAUGCUUACACUUGGCUUGCAUUCCCGCCAAAGGUUAUUUACUUGGCUGGCAACUCACAAUUAGUGCAAUAGGCAAAAAAUUCAAAAGCAGAAAAUGAACACAGCGAAGUUGCUACGCACCUCUUGCGUUAGUUAAUGCAUUCCUAUUACGUCUUUUUAAAUAUUUUUAAAUUUUAUUCUAUUUAUUUGUAUUUAGCAUUUUUAAAAUUUUUAUUAACGCACUUUUCGCGCUAUAAACUAAAACUAUUUCACGAUCUCAAAUUUGGUUACUAUAUGUAGUAUUGUGAUAUUUUCGCAUUUAUUCGCUUUGCUCUUCUCAUUUCACAUACUUUAGAGAUGAUAUUCUCAUAAAUGAAAAGCAAUAAUGAUUGCACUCGGUAGGAUAGUAUAAAUUUAUGUGUAUGUAUAUGUAAGUGUAUCAACUCAUUUACAAAGGCUUAUGUUAAUAUUCUAUAACAAUGUGUUUACGGUUAAGGAGAAUGAAAGAUUUAACUAUACGAAAGAAAUUAUUCAUAAAUAAUCAUAUAUGUAGGUAAAAAAAAUAUGUACAUCGAAUAUUUUGUAGACUUGUCUGUAACUGUACUGAACAAAAAGAACGCAUACAGCCCGUGCAACGAUAAUUUGUUUUGGUGCAAAAUUGUACGCACUUAGAAAGCUGGCUGAAAGUUAUUUAUGUAUGUACAAUCUGUGGCUUUUGGUUUCUGUAGCAUAAGUAAUGUAAAUCAUACCAAUAUGUAUCAUUUUACAUAUGUGCAUCCAAUGAUGUGCGAACGUUUAUGUAUGUACAUAUAUAUUAUAUAUGCAUCGAUUUGUUAUAAUCAUGCAUUUUCUAUAUACAUACAUAUCGUACGCUAAUAACAAAGGUAUCGAAAUAAUUAAAGAAAAUCAGUUUUCAAAAAAGCAAAUAAUGCAUACAGGAAUAUUAAGAAAUUUUUUAGCGUGAGUUCAAAAAUAACAUUUAGGUUCGGAAAUUAUAACUGAAUUUCAUUAAUACUCAAAUUUUUUUUAUAGUUUUGUAUAAACUUAUAUGUUUUCUUUAUGAAUGAUUAAAAAAUAUUUGUUUGUUUUCGUAUGAUAUAAAAAAUUUCGAAAUAUUUUAUAUUCAUUUAUUCAGGGUUGCAAAUAAUGUACGAAAUAAUAAUUGAAUUAACUUUUAAAUAAAUUUUUUUUUUUUGUAAUUCCGAAGAUCUUAAGUAAAAAUAAAUUUUAAACUUUUAAUCCCAAAUACCGUAUCGAAAAAUAAAAAAAAAAACUUUUAACCCCAAAUUUAUUUUUAUUUAAUUUUUAAUCCCAAAUACCGAUUUAAAAACUAAAUAAAAAUUUAAUCCCAAGCUUAUAAUUAAAAAUUUAAAAAGGAAAUUGUUUUAGAAUUUAAGUCUUUCGCGUACUUCGUGUUCAAGGUGGUAGAUUGAUUUUUGAAAAGGAAGGCUUAUUUUUAAUAAAAUAUCACCAUAGUUUAGUUCACAGUUGUUCGUAAAAUUUAUGUGCAUAAAUUAUGACUUCAUUUCAUUAAUUCUCAAUAUUAUAUUUCCUUCAUAUACAUAACGUAUUAAUUUAUAUUAAAUUUAAUUUUUCUUUAAGAAUGAUUAGACAAAAUAUUGAUUAUUUUCUUAUAAUAUAAAGAAUUUCAAAAGUAUAUUUCGUUUAUUUAUUUCUCAAAUAUUUCAGUUUGAUUUAUUUUCGAACUCAUCAGCAAUUGCUAAUGGAACUUUGAUGCUAGCUUCAAAAAAAUUGCUUGGCUAAUAAGUUGCAUUCAAGUCUAACAAAUUCUAAGUUGACGAAUAAUUUUAUUUUUAUUAAUUAUUAAUAACUUAUUUUUGUCCAACCAAAAAAAAACAAAACAAAAAAAUAUGCCCCUCUGCCUGUUCUGUUUAUGCCUUAUCAAGAAAGGUGUUUAAUUUCAUUUACAUACAUACAUACGCAAAUCAAGUCUAAUAUAACCAUUACUGUUAUUAUUUUGAUUAGACAAAAUGUAAUCAGUGCAACCUCAUACCACCAACUUUGCAACAUAAAAAUUUCUACUUGUUACCUAAACCCACAUAUUUUCUAGUUGUAAGAAGAAAUCUACGCAAAAAAAAAAAAAAAAAAAAAA